CCGGAGAUUGAUGCCCUCUUUACUUUUCGAAGGAUUGAAGAGAACAGGUGCUACUUUUGCGGUUACGAGAAUCACAGUCUUUCCUUGGGUUAUUUGAUCCAAUGAGGAUACAAACACAGGGAUUCUAGCGCCAACCAUUUACUGUGCAAGAGUUACCAACAUUAUUGCAAAUGGCGUUUAAUGAUAUCACAUCCAGAGCUGUAAGGCAAUAUGAUGAGUGGCUUAAGGAUGCUGAUCCUAGGACAGAGAACUGGCUGCUUAUGUCCUCUCCUCUUCCUCAAACACUUAUCAUUGGCACCUACAUUUACUUUGUAACUUCAUUGGGUCCAAAACUUAUGGAAAAUCGAAAACCAUUUGAUCUUCGCCGAGUCAUGAUUUUCUACAAUUUCAGCAUAGUUAUCUUCUCAGUCUAUAUGUCAUAUGAAUUCCUCAUGUCAGGCUGGGCAACAGGGUAUUCCUACCGCUGUGACAUUGUGGAUUAUUCAAGGUCACCACAGGGUCUCAGGAUGGCAUGGACGUGUUGGCUGUAUUAUUUUUCAAAGUUUAUUGAGUUGCUAGACACGGUAUUUUUUGUGCUUAGGAAAAAAAACAGUCAAAUUAGCUUUCUUCAUGUUUACCAUCAUUCUAUUAUGCCCUAUACAUGGUGGUUUGGAGUCAGAUUUGCUCCAGGUGGUUUAGGAACAUUCCAUGCUCUUGUUAAUUGCGUGGUACACGUUAUUAUGUAUACAUACUAUGGAGUGUCUGCUAUGGGACCCACAUACCAGAAGUACCUGUGGUGGAAAAAAUAUUUAACCACCAUUCAACUUGUCCAAUUUGUUACAGUCACAAUUCACAUUGGUCAGUUUUUCUUCAUGAAAGAUUGUCCGUAUCAGUAUCCAGUGUUUUUGUACAUUAUUUGCUUAUAUGGAUGCAGCUUUUUAGUACUUUUCCUCAACUUCUGGUAUCAUGCUUAUACCAAAGGUAACAGGCUACCAAAAACACUUAAAAAUGGAGUAAAUGCAAGAAAAGAACAGUAACGGUUCUGAACAGAAGUUGCCUAUCUCUGUGCAAGUGACAAUCUCAAGCAUGAUUUAAUGAUGUGGAGAAAGCAUAUAUUGUUUUAAAUUUAUACAUUUCUCCUGAAGUAUUUACUAGAUGCAUUCAUACACAUUAUUCUUGUGUAUUCAUUUUACUUUUUUACUGUGUACUAUUAAGUUUCAACAUUUGGAACCAUCUAAAACCAUUUUUGAAAUGUCUUCUCCAUUCUCUUCAGUAAGGUUUUGUAGUAUUGUUUGAAAUUAUUUAUUUAGUGAAAUGUGAAUUAGGAUUAUUUCAUGACAUACUAAAGUGUAUUCUCAGUUCACAUUUUUC